GCCGCUGGGCGCCAGGACAUGUGCUCGAUACGAUAGACCUGGCUCUAGCUCGGGCGGGCCAGUUGAGUGCCGAGCGGCGUGCGAGUCAGAGCGUGGCGUAGUGUGGCGGAGCGGAGCGGCGAGGCCUGCCAGGCGACGACGCGGUAGUGAGAGCAGCCGGACACACGACCAGACAGCCGACCCGGCUCACGUGUCGCGCCAAGGGCAGGUCGCGUCGUGAAUGUGCUAGUGUUGUGUCCGAGACCAAGCCUGUCGCAGCAGCGCCGCCGCUAGCAUGGGCAAGAAGGGCACCAAGAGGAAGACCCGCUGGCGGGUGCUGCCCAUCGGAGAUGACGGCUCCGAGGACGAGGAGGGCCGCGACGAGGAGCGCGGCGGUCGCGAGAAGCACUGGAAGCCGCGGCCGAGGUUCCACCAGCACCACCAGAGCCAGCACGGCACUUACGGCACGUCCGCGUCGGGCCAGGAGAAGCGCACCUUCAAUGAGGACGAGUACACGCGCAUUACAACACCCAGGCAGGACGUGCUCUUCAAGAAGGGCUACCUGGGGCGCAAGCGGCCCACUGCGGACCCCGCCACUUCCAACGGCCUCUCCAACGGCGCGUCCACCAACGGCUCGACCAACGGCGACGGCGCGCUCCACAACGGAGACGGCGUGGACGCGGACUGCGGCGACGGCUCCGACAUGAUGGACGACCAGGCGUACUACUAUCCGGGGGCUUUCGUGGACCCGACCACGGGCAUGUACUACGUGAACGGCGGCUACGAGAUGUACGACCCCUACACCGGCGCGGUGACGGUGGUGGUGGGCCCCGGGCCCGGCAUGAUGGGGCUGCCGCCCAUGGGCCUGCCCCCGAUCGAGUGGUUCAACCCCCGCCUGCCCCCGCCGCCCCACGGGCCGCCCCCGCACAUGGGCCCCAUGCAGUCCGACUACUGCUACAUGCACGGCCGCAAGCGGUUCUCUGUGGACUCGCAGGUGAGUGAGAACUGCUCGGGUCCCAGCUCCGAGUCGGCCGGGUCCGGCCCGCCCAGCGGACCUCCCAGCAGCCCCCAGGACUGCGACUCGGGCGGCCUGCCCAGCGGCCCCAGCCCGGGGCCCAGCCCGGGGCCCCCACCUCUACCUCCGAUGGGGCCCCUGCCCUACCCCCCGCACCCCCACUACAUGUACCCCUACAUGUUCGGGGCUCCGCUCUACAGUUUGGAUGGAGUGUCGGUGCAAGGGGGACCCCCGUACGGACCUGUCUGUGAUGUGAACGCGGUCAACAAGCGGCGCAAGAAGAAGCGCAGGAGGAAGAGGAGGCGAGGAGGGGGAACUGACGACGGCUCCGAGGAGUCCAGCUCGGAGGACAACCAGCUCGAGGAGGGCGAGGCAGGCCCCUCGAGCCUGAGCAGCCAGUCGCUGGAGGACUCGCAGGCGACGCCGACCGACAGCGACGCCUUCCCCGAGUUCGUGCCCAAGGCGGUCGACCCGGCCACGGUCGCUGCCUCGACGCUCAACGGCGACGCGUCGGCCUGGGAGCCCAGCAUCCUGACGCCACCGCAGACCCCUACGGCGUGCGCGCAGACAGAGCCGUGCCGCCAGGAGGACAAGGAGAUCCUGGUCCUGCCGUCUGAAGUAUCCUCCCACGAACACAAGGAGGGGUCCUUCACGACCAUCGAGGACGAGCUACCGACUCAUACAAUCACACCAGCCCCUGUCGAAGCCGCUGAACCACCUCCGCCCACAACCGCCGAGGCUCCCGCCACCCCUACCCUCACGGAGGCGACUUCCAUCACCACACCAGAGGAGCGGGCUGCAGAGACGCCAGCAGCCGCCCAGGAAGAGGCUUCACUCGAACCAGAGUCGGUACUGUCUGCGAAUACAACAGCAGAGACAUCAACCGAAUCAUCACCGAGCGCAGCGAGCGCACAGGCGUUACCAGCUGAGGCUGAGACAUCUGACGAGCCUCAGUCACUCCCCACUGAAGCAUCAGCCAUCAUCCCCCCGACAUCACUAGCCCCUGUCGAGGCACCGCAACUGCAGCCCGAGCAACGACCUGAGCCAGUGGAAGAAGUAGUGGCUGUAGCCGAGAAGGUAAAGAACGAAGUUCAGCAGGAGAAGCACAGUGCGCCUAAAGUCAACGGCGAUGUGCCAUGUGUGUCAAAGAAGGCAGUGAAGGCAGUGUCUUCUGUCCCUCUUGUGAACGGUGGGGCUGUGAAUCCAAAAGAGGACGUCCCAGAGUUUGAACGCUCAUUGAAAUUGCCCGUGUGUAACGGGGAAGUGAUAUGUUUUAAGGAGGCUGUGGAAUCCAACCCCCAGACUACAUUGUCUACAUGUAUUGAGAUCUCAGGUGAUUCUGGGAAGGAUAAAUCUGUGCAGAGGACAGAAACAUUCGAUGUUAUUUUUAAUAACAAAAAUGAUCUUAAGCAAAAGGGGAAGGCAAUUCAAAACAAAAAUGCUGUGAAUGAAGGAACAGUGAAUGGUGAUAAAAUUGUAAAUGCAACCAAUGGUAAAGUUAAGAAAAUAAGAGACAAUUCUAGUCCAGACCAUCGGGAGUCCAAUGGGUUUGCCGAAAAGGCUAGCAGGUUAAGUGAGUCUCCCUCGGGGGAUGAUGUUACAGACUCUGCUGCAGGGAGAGGAAAGGAAGACGGCAAGUCGACUCCAGCACAAACGAAGAGCGAACCCGUCUCCAGGACCAAGGAGGCCAAGUCAGCGAAGAGAAAAUCAAAGAAGGGAGCACCUGCCAAGACUGAUCUCAGCUCAAAAGCUGGCAGUGCCAACGGCGUGAUGGCUUCACCGCCGCCGCCCCCAGAGCCUUCGCCGACCAGCUCCACACCGACGUCCGUUCCGGACGACCUGGGCUUCUCGCUGAGGCCGGAGCCGUCCAUCGCGUGGGGCAGGAAGAUCGAGACCAAAGUGCGACCCGUCGACGACGUCCUGUUGCAGGCACUCGUCGGCUCGGUGAAGAGCGCCCAGAGCGCCGAGACCAAAGUCGACAUUCCCGUGGAGUUGGAGUCCCCCGUCUCCGCCCCCACCCCGGUCGCGCCAAGGCUCGAGGCUGAGGCCGUGGAGGCCGAGCCCCAGCCUGUGCUCCCGGCCGCGGAACCCCAGACUGAGCCCAAGGGCAGCAGGCUGACGCCGUCCACAGCGCACCGCCCUAACCGGGCCAAGAAGUGGCGGCAGAAAGAGCGAGCACCCACGCCCGGGCGCGAGCUGACGGCCAGCUCCUCGUCGCUCUCUUCGUCCGACGAGGCCGACGAGGGCGAGACGGUCAUCUUCGUGUCGCCCUUGGCCGCCACCGCGGCCACGACCACGACGGCGCCCGCGGUCGAGCAGGCGGAGCAGCGCGAGUCACCGCUGCGCAUCACCGAGGCUGUGACAGCGUGGCUCCGGGACCACGAGAGCGAAGAGGUGUUGGUUCCCGCCGUGGAGCACGUCGCGGUCUCCGACUCAGAGUCCGACGAGGAUGACGAGGAGGAUGACGACAAUGCGCAGCAGUCAAAAAACGCGAUAGGCAACCCUUUCCGUGCAUCAUCUCAUAGCAGCACCAGCAGCACCACCCGCGCCGGCACGGGCCGCGGCGCGGACGUGGAGGAAAGGGUUGCCUCACUGGACGAGCCCGAGGCAGCGUGGGACACUCUGUGUGACCCCAGCUUGUUUGUGGCCAAGUACUACCGCCUUGGCGAGGACCCCCAGGACACCAUGCCGGCCGUCGUGGCGCUCGAACUCCGGCACGACGUGGACGUGAAGCGCAGCAUUAGGUCGUCCAUGUCGCCAGAGAAAAGGGGUGCCCUCUGUGAUCAGCACGAUUCGGGCGUGCACUCGGACGAAUCAGGGGACGAACACCACACCCCGACCAAGGACAUGCAGGCUCAGGCGGAGGAGUUCGCCGCCAAAUCAGCGUACCUGCUGAGACAGCUCAAGGGCCAAAGCCCCGGUGUCCCCUGUGGCGGCAUUUGCUGCUCGCUGCAGUGAUCAUCUCCCGUUUUCUCCGUUUUUUCUUAUUUUUGUUUUCGUCUGGGAAAUUGUGAAGACUAUUUUUUGCAUGCUCAUUUUUCUAGCCUGUUCGGCCUCAAGGUAUAAAAGGAAAAAAAUACUGUAAGACACAAAUGAAAUCACCAAAGUAUUUUUCAUUAAUGGUAUUUAUUUAUGGUUGAAUGUGUUUACCCUUUUUUCUAUUUUUUUGUGUGGGUGGGAGGCCGCUAUCUCGUCAAGCUGUCGGUCUUUGGUUAUAAUGUGAUUCCUGAAUGAAAAGACUGGAAGCAGAACGCUAGGCUGGCGGCUGCGAAGCGGUGAACCAGUUACCAUACUCUACUGUUUUAAGCAAGUUGUGGCUAUAUCCUCUAUUUUCAAAGUUGAGUUUUUCUAAUGAUUGUUAAACCGUCAAAACUUUCAAUUGUUUUGAAAUUGUUAUUUGCUAAACCGUGAUUUUUACCAGCUAUAUGUUGUCUGGUGGUUGUUGCCAUAUUGUUGACGUUUUCUAAUAGGCAAUUUGCCAUGAUAUUUUUCUGAACUAUGAUUUGAGGUUCAGUUUGCAUUUUCAAACACUAUCCUGAGGGAGUAAGAAUUUGAACCAUGCCUUUAAUUGUCAUUUUCAUUCAUGCUUUGUGAUCAUUGUUGUAUCUUCGGUGGGCAUGGAUGUCCCAGAAUGUUUGGUAUCGAUAAAAUUUUAAAUGAAUUAUUAGAAAUAGAGAUUCUGAAGGCAGAGUAAAAACUGCCUUUUCACUUAUUGAUCCAUGAAGUUAGCAUACAUAGCCUUGUGUAUUGCCAGAUUCUAAUCACAUAUAAAUCCAGUUUAGGACAUUAAAUUGAGUAGGUUGUUAUGUUAGAUCUAGAACAAGUUGUAUGUAAUUGCUCAAAAGUAGCAAAGCUUUGAUCGGACAUCCAUGUGUCAUUCAUCUCCCUGUUACAGCGAUUAGUGUUUAUUGCUGCAUUAUUUCUUCUGUAUUGUUUAAGAGUUUGUAACUGCAAACUGUCUUACUUUUGGCGCCGCCAUAAUCUGGAAGGGUUUGAAGAUCGUGUUUGUUCUGUACUCUCCCUGUACCUUACUUACAAUAUGACUGAGAAAUAUUAAUAAACAUGAUGUAUUGUUACAAUUGA